CUGAUUGGAUGGAAAUUGGCAUUGGUCGUAUUUGCAUCAUCGCCUUUAAUGGUGAUUUCUGUUGGCUAUGCUAUGAGAAUUCGCGCGGAAUGUCAAAACGAACAAUUGCAGCAUUGAAUCGCGCGGAAACAUUCAAAACAAAAUAUAAAGAUUCUAUUGCCAGACCGCAUAGAACAGUUAUUCGUGGUGCUUUAAUUUUUGCCAUCGGAUUUUGCGCGUCUCAGAUUGAACGACGAAAUGUCAGAAUUCUAAGAGGUCUUGAUACUGAAAUUUUCGCCGGAAAGAAUGUUGCAUUAGUCGGUCCAUCUGCAAGCAGAUGUCAAGGAUUGGAAUCUCGAAUAUUUGAGAUAAAACAUGGCAUUAGUGGUCAAGAGCCGGUUCUUUUUGAUAUAACUAUUGGUGAGAAUAUUGCGUAUGGAAAGAAGGAUACGCCUGUUUGUGAAAAAAGAAUUCAGUUGAGCGGCGGACAGAAACAGCGCGUCGCAAUAGCACGAGUAUUAAUUCGAAAUCCAAAACUAUUAUUAGAUGUAGCAACAUCAGCACUCGACUCCGAAUCUGAAAUAAUUGUACAAGACGCUCUAGAUCAUGCUCAACAAAAAUAUGAUUGCAUUUUCAGGCUAAAAUUCCUAUUAAACGCAAGGAGCUCAGUUUUUAAUAAUGA